GGGGUUAGAUAUCCAUAAUUUUCACGUGUUAAAGUGGCAAAAGAAGAGUGAAUUGCGACCAUUUCCAGAGCUCGCGCCGUCAAUUGAUGAGUAGAGAGCAAUGCGUAGCUUCUGUCUUUCUCUCUCUAGAUCCCAUACCCCGGUAUCUGCAUCACCUGGGGUAGGCUCUAUCUCUCUCUAAAAUCAGUUCCGUUUCUUCUAUAAAUACCUCUCCACUUUCUCUCUUUCUCCACGCUUCCAGUAACUUUGUCAUGCCUAAUCUUGUAUCCUUUCCUUAUUGUCAUCUCCAUUUUUCCUCUUUUCUCUUUAAACGUUUUCAGCGUUCCUAACUUUCUCUCUCCUUCAGUCCUCUGUUUCAUAUAUCUCAUUUGAGGCAAAAAUGAAUGCCUUGGUCGCUACGAGUCGUAAUUUUAGAUAUGCUGCUCGCAUUUUGGGCCUUGAUUCUAAGCUCGAACGGAGCCUUUUGAUUCCCUUUAGAGAAGUCAAGGUUGAAUGCACAAUUCCCAAAGACGACGGGUCUUUGGUUUCCUAUGUGGGUUUCCGAGUUCAACAUGACAACGCUCGUGGACCCAUGAAGGGUGGGAUUCGUUAUCAUCCAGAGGUUGAUCCAGAUGAGGUCAAUGCUUUAGCCCAGCUUAUGACAUGGAAGACAGCUGUGGCUAAUGUUCCUUAUGGAGGAGCAAAAGGUGGCAUUGGUUGCAACCCUAAGGAUUUAACCACAAGUGAGUUGGAGAGGCUUACCCGUGUAUUUACUCAAAAAAUCCACGAUUUAAUUGGAAUUAACACUGAUGUCCCUGCUCCUGAUAUGGGAACUAAUUCUCAGAUUAUGGCAUGGAUAUUGGAUGAAUACUCAAAAUUUCAUGGUCAUUCACCAGCAAUUGUAACCGGGAAGCCGUUAGAUCUUGGAGGAUCACUUGGUAGGGAUGCAGCUACUGGACGAGGAGUGGUAUUUGCCAUGGAAGCUCUUUUGGCUGAAUAUGGAAAAUCUAUUUCAGGAUUAACCUUUGUUAUUCAGGGUUUUGGGAAUGUGGGUUCUUGGGCGGCACAACUUAUUCAUGAGAUAGGAGGGAAAGUUGUGGCAGUGGGUGACAUUACUGGGGCCAUAAGAAAUCCCAAUGGGAUUGAUAUUCCAGCUUUGCAAAAGCAUAAAAGCGCGAGUGGAAGUAUUAAAGAUUUCAAUGGUGGGGAUCCGGUUGAUAUGAAUGAACUGCUUCUUCAGGAAUGUGAUGUGCUCAUUCCAUGUGCUUUGGGUGCAGUGCUCAACAGGGAAAAUGCGAGUGAUGUGAAGACCAAGUUCAUAAUUGAGGCAGCAAACCAUCCAACAGAUCCUGAAGCCGAUGAGAUUUUACACAAGAAAGGGGUUGUGAUACUUCCUGACAUAUAUGCAAAUGCUGGAGGUGUGAUAGUGAGUUACUUUGAGUGGGUUCAGAACAUCCAAGGAUUCAUGUGGGAUGAAAAGAAGGUGAAUAGAGAGCUUCAAAAGUACAUGAAGAACUCUUUUGCAACCAUGAAAGAAAUGUGCGAAACCCAUAACUGCAAUCUCCGAAUGGGAGCCUUCACACUUGGGGUGAACCGAGUAGCCCGUGCAACUCUUUUGAGAGGCUGGGAAGCAUAAGACACUCAAAUACUUAUUUUCUUUUCUUUUCUUUUGGUAUUGUUGUAUGUUGAGGUAAUUCUUUUUCACCGUUGAACUAAAUUGUAUCGGCAUGUUGUUGUUUUGAGUCUUUUUUCUGUUCUUUGUAAUGGUUGGUAAUUUUCUGUAACUUCAGCUCAGCGAACCGAUCAAGAAGUUCGACAUCAAGUGAAUUUCAUACUUACUAAUAGAAAAGGACAGUGUUGAUUGAA